CUUUUACUCCAGUGAACAGCUCCCAUAAUUUGCCGUCUCUCGUAUUGGGAAGCUUAUUCCAACUAUGUCUGCAAUGCUUGAAGUAAGAGUUCCAAACCUUGACUGUGAGGGUUGUGCCUCCAAGUUAAAGAAAGCUCUCUUAAAGCUCAAAGGGGUUGAAGAAGUGGAAGUAGAAAUGGAGAUACAAAAAAUCACAGUCCAAGGCUAUGCCCUGGAAGAAAAGAAGGUGCUGAAAGCCAUCAAAAGGGCGGGGAAAGCAGCGGAGGUGUGGCCAUUUCCGGGAUACUCCCACUACGCAUCCUUUUACAAGUAUCCAACCUACAUAGUGAACCAUUACUAUGACUAUCACAAAAAUGAAGCUUCCGAUGGUGUUCAUACUUUCUUCCACACCCCGGCCGUUUACUCCGUUGCUGUUGCUUCUGAUGAGGCCGUUGCUUCGCUUUUCAGUGACGAUAAUCCGCAUGCUUGCUCCAUCAUGUGAACGUAAUAUAUAUGCAUGUUCUUUUAAUUCUGUAU